UUUGGGAGAAAUAUUAGAUCUCUCCUCUCACUGUCUCUCCUCCUAUUCCCCCUCUUCAAUGCUUGCCCUCUAUUGAGGUCUGGAUCACAUUUAAAACCACAUGUUCCUGUGUGCAAGCAACUGAGCCUGGAAGUCUGCAAGCAGGAAACGUGGUGACAGCAGAGUGAGACUGCAGCACAUGGGACGGGAUAGACAUGAGCUGCUCCCAGACGGUCUCGCACGCACUCGCGGCUGGAGAAGAGAGCCUGUGGGAGAUUGCACAACAUAUUUAGUGGCACACAUCCGGAUCUCCUAGACGGAUGACAGCACCCAGGUGUAAUCCUGACAGAGGAAGCUGACCGGAGAGAAAGAAACACAGCAGCUAAUUCCUCAGCCAAGUUCAAAGUGUUGUCCUGUUUUUAGAGGAGAGCCCAUUUGGCUUCCGAAAGGUUGCCGUGAGAGGUCUCGUGUCGGGCGUCUGAUCCUGCAUCUGUGUGGUCCUGUGUGAAAAACCUUUGCAGGGAGUUUCUUUGUGUAUACACGGUACAGACUGGCCUCCCUCGCUGCUCAAUCGGUGAACUGUACACUGGAGAGUAAGUAGCAGGAUGAAGACACAGAAAUGUGCUGGACUCCACAUGUUGCUGCUCCUGUAUGUCAGACUGAUGCUGGCCGUGGACACCUACAGACCCCAGAGAGACAUAAACCAGGAGAAGUGGGAGCGGGAACUGAGGGAAGCUGCGAGUCUGGACGAGCUCCUGAUGUUGACAGAGUAUCCGGAUUGGAAGAUGUGGCGAUGCAGACUCAAGCUGAAGCACUUUGACUACGCCACACAGCCUGAAAACCGCAGGUCCACUCGAUACGCGGCCACCCCGUUCAGCCCAGAGAUGCUGAAAGAUAUUGAUGAGGAAUGGCAGAAGACACAAUGUAUGCCCAGAGAGACGUGUGUAGACGUGGCCAAAGAAUUGGGCACCGAUACGGCUGUGUUCUUUAAACCGCCCUGCGUCUCUGUCUUCAGGUGUGGCGGCUGCUGCAACAAAGAGGGAGUUACCUGCCGUAAUACGAGCAUGACUUAUAUCAAUAAAACUAUUUUGAGUGUGAGUCUGGCACCGUUUAAGUCUGGGCCGGAGCCAGUGCUUGUGAAAGUAGCCAAUCACACUGAGUGUAAGUGCCAGGAACACACGCUGAUCCGCAGACAUGUUCGUGAGAAGCACAAGAAGAACGGCUAUACAAAUAAGGCAGAAGACAUCAGAAGGCAGUGUAACAGAGGGUUAAUAUGGGACUGGAUGGCAGAGCAAUGUGUGACGUACCCCUCCGGUAAACAAGAGCCACCAUCAGGCGCCAUCAGUGCAGAGGACUGUGAGAUUGAUUCAGAGACAUGUGAAUGCAUUCCAAAAAUAUGGACACACAGAUUACAUCACACGUGACGCAACUCAAGAAAUCUUCGUGAGCUGCAAGAGAGAAAACAAGUUACGAUGAGCACAGCGCCCUGACAAUCUGCAAGUGCCAAAUGCAGAGACUGCAAACGCCAUUUAAUUUAUUUACCUCUCUAUUUAUAUCAAAGUCCUGUUAACGUUAACAUUUAUUUCCAUAUCUCAUCAGUAACGUGGCAGCGAUAACCCUCUUAAACAUAAAGUCAGUGCUGCUUUUCUGUCUGAAUACUUAUGUAAAUAUGAUAUCGGUUGUAAAUGUCUCUAUUGCACUGAACAUUUCACAUUAGAAUGUCUGUGGAAUUUCCUAAAUAUAAAUAUUCUCUAAGUGUAAACAAGCAAUGUUCACUGAUAUAGUGACUCAAAGUGGAGUCCUUUCUUUCUUUCCACCCACUGAAAUGGUUCCAGGGCAGAGGAAUUCCUGGUCUGUAGAUGUUGUGGAUCUUUUUGAAGGCAUCAGAGGACUGGAUGGCAUACGUACAGAAGUACUUGAUUAUAAUACAUGCAUUGGACUGAUUUUCUAAGGUACGAAUAGCCGGUAGCCUCUUUUUAAAUUGAUGUGUUCAUCAUCGAGCAUGCUGCCAAAAUUGUAUGUAUAAGCGAUAAAAGUUGACUAAAUAAAAACACUAAAUUUAAUAA